GCGCUUUGAACCACGCAGCUCCACCCGUCCACUUGGGGCAAACAAGUGCAGAGCCCUGCGUGUUGUAGCGCCCUGCUGUUGUUGCUGCUGCCGGUACCUGCGUCGUUUGUCCGCCGCCUGCAACGCCAUGGCCGCCACCGCUAGAAAGGGCACGAAGCCGAUAUUCAAGACCACACGCCCGUACACUGAGACCAACUGGCCCACCCUCACAGCUCAGCAAAACCGGGAUGUAACAGAUCUGGUGUGCAGUGUAUUACAGCCCCUUGGAGACCACCGCAGGACACACGUACUACCAUCAAAGGGGAAAAAAAGAAAACGGGAGUCACAGAGAAAGAACAACGAAGAUGCCGACAAAAAUGCUCCCAGCAACCCCACUCCGCCCCCAGACAUCAGCAAUCACAUCCUCAUCGGCCUCAACAGCGUAACCCGCCACCUAGAAUCCCUAGCAGCACACGCAGCACCACCGUCCGCUCCUUCCCACGCCAAAGCAGACCCACCAUCACCAGAUGCAACUCCGCCACGACCUCUAUCCAUCGUUCUCAUUCCGCACAACCACCCGCCGGCCUCCCUACCACACGCGCACAUCCCUACGCUUGUUCACUUGUGCACCAUGACCUCGCAGAAGGACAAGGCCACCCGGCUGCUCGCUGUGCCGCCGGGGUGCGAGCCGGUGAUUGCAGAGGCGCUUCACAUACCGCAUGUAGGUGCGCUGGGGAUCUUUGAAGGGGCACCGGGUGCUGAUGCGUUGGUCGCGUAUGUAAGGGAGAAUGUGGAUGUGACGAGGUGUGCGUGGAUUGAGGAGGCAAUAGGACCGGAGUGGAAGGGCACGAGAAUACAAGAUAAAUAA